AACAGAUCAAAAUAAAUACUAGUAGUCAAUCCGAAAAAAAAUUGUGAGUUGAGUUGUUUUGACUACUAUGGACAACAGAUGGACAACAGAUGGACAAUAGAUACCUAUACAUUACAAUAGGUGAUUUAAACUGUGUAAAUAUGUGGACCGUAUCAAAUGAAAUUCAGGUGUUUGCAAGUUAAUUUUGGCACCUGCUGUGGAACAAAAACGGAAUCUCAAAAGGAAGAUAUUACCCAAUAGACUAAGGAUGGAUGUGUUUGUGUAUGGAUUGCUUCUUUUAUCACUGUCUAAAUGCGUGGAAUCAAAAUCACCACAUAUUGUGUUUAUUGUGGCUGAUGAUUUGGGAUGGAACGAUGUAGGAUUCCGUAAUCCGGCUGUUAUUUCUCCUAACAUAAACUAUCUAGCAAAGCAUGGGAUGAUAUUGAACAAUUCUUAUGUGCAACCAGUCUGUUCUCCGUCAAGAAACGCCUUUUUAUCAGGAUUUUAUCCAUUCAAAUCAGGAUUACAGAAUUUUGUCAUUUUACCACAGGCGCCUUCAUGUGCACCCCUUAAUCGAACAUUUCUGCCACAGAAACUGAAAGAACUUGGAUAUGCAACACAUAUGAUUGGAAAAUGGCAUUUAGGAAUGUGCAAAUGGGAAUGUACUCCUACAUACCGUGGGUUCGAUACAUUUUAUGGAUAUUAUAACGGACAAGAAGAUUACUAUAACUAUACAGUUCUUAAUGGGUCAGAUUUCCGUGAUAACAAAGAACCAAUACGACCAAACGAAUACUCUACGUAUGCCUAUGCCCGACGAGCUAACAAAAUCAUCACUCAACACAAUAAAAGUCAACCAAUGUUCUUGUACCUUCCUUUCCAGUCAGUUCAUGAACCAAUACAGGUUCCUGAAAUUUACGAAAAUAUGUACCAAGACAUAAAGAACGAAGGAAGACGAAAAUAUUCGGGAAUGGUAACAGCAAUGGAUGAUGCCAUUGGAAACGUUACAGAUUCACUGAAGCGUAAUGGAAUGUUUGAAGAUACCCUUAUUAUAUUUACUGCAGAUAAUGGUGGUUGGACAACCUAUUCUGGGAAUAAUUACCCACUGAGAGGGGGUAAGGCAACAGUAUAUGAAGGAGGAACUCGGGCUUCAGCUUUCGUAUACGGUUCGGGACUUCAGAAACCUAAUACUGUUUUUGACGGAAUGAUUCAUGCUGUGGACUGGAUGCCAACAAUUCUCUCUGCUGCUGGAGGAGGUGAAGUUAGUGGAAUAGAUGGUGUGGAUUUGUGGCCAAGCAUAAGUGAAGGAGUUCCAUCCUCCUUAAGGUCAGAGUUCAUCUAUAACCUCGACGAUUCUGUAGUACCUAUUGUAGGGCAUGCUGCUAUUAGGAUGGGUGAUUACAAAUUAAUAGAAGGAUUUGCUGGUGCAUAUAAUGGCUGGUACCCACUUCCUGAGAACGAGGAAGACCUAGAAAUAGAUGAACCAAAAGUAGACUACUACCAGUUGUAUAACUUGAGAGAUGAUCCUCACGAACAUAAUAAUUUGCACAUCAAAGAGCACAGCAUGUUGAAAAAGAUGAAAGAAAGGCUUGAUGAAUACAGGAAAUAUAUAGUUCCACCUCUAACAGAGAAAGCAGACCCUGCAUCGAGCCCAAAUAAUUAUAAUGGUUACUGGACACCUGGCUGGUGUUAGUGUUUAUUGAUUAAAACAUCAAAGUUCAAGAAAAUAUUAAAAUGACAUACACUCGAUUAUGCAAUUUGUUUAAUUAUUGUUCAAAGUUCUCCUCAUUCAUUACCCUUAUAUCAUUUUUAUGUAUUUAUUCAAUGCCACGGAGCUACUUUUAUUUUUUCUUUAGAGAACUUCCAGAUGUGCAUAGACACAACAAAACGUGAUGUUCAAUGCAAGACAAUUAAUGUUAGACAUCCCUUAUACAGCGUAAGAUAAAAUGGAACAAAAACCCCUUUCACAUACAAACAAUGCCUCCUAAAUAGGGAGGGGUUGAUAUCUAUUAGAGAAGGCUAUUGACAAAUAACGAAUCAGCAUCAAAUAUUUAGUGUAAAUUAGAACCAGAUACUUGAAUCAUGGCGUACAUAACAUAUCAAAUAAACUCAUCAUAGUACCAG